AUGGGCGUUGCGGGAAUCCGUGAUAGGAUUCACUUUGCUCGCAUCUACGGCGAGUUGGAGUCCUUUGGCUUGCUGGGACGCCAUGACUAUGUAUACAUGGAACACACACGAAAUGGCGACAAAUAUGACAUUCAAGUUAAGGUAUGGAAGAAUGCUGGAUAUGGAUCCACGAAGUUGAAAGCCGACGGAAAUAAAUACUGUAAUAUGAUGGGCCACUCUGGCGGCAGGGAGGAUUACGUCUGGACUUUGUCAACUGGGCAAAUGACAAUCCAUCCAAACGCUGGGUUGGGCGAGUUCAGAUUGCGUCCGCCCGCAGUGCAUGAACUGCGGGCGGACGCAAUCUGGACCGACGAGAUCUGCAUCUGGUCGAUUGGGAUGGUGGAGGUCUGGAGAAACCUCUACGGAGAGACCCACGCCUGGAAUUGGUCGUAUCUCGGCAAUCCAGCAACAGAACUAUCUUGCGUGGAAAAGCGCGGUCUCGGCAUUCACGACAUACCCGUUCACUUUGCUGAUGUCACGGGCAAUAAGAAGGCCGACUAUCUGUGUAUGCAAAAGGAUGGUCGUACCACUGGCUGGGUAAAUGGUGACUCAGGCUGGGAGGUAAUAGACCAGUUUAAGCAUACCGAGGGUCUUGAUAGGGCAAACUUCCAAUUUGCUGAUGCCGACGGAGAUGGCAAGGCAGAUCUAAUUUGGACAGACAAAUUCAACGGUGACGGGACGGUCUAUUACAACGGUGGCCGCCAGGAAGUAGGAGGCUCACAGUUCCUGUGGAGUAACGAGGGCAAAGCCUUUACCGGAAAUGCUGCGGGGACAUGUGUUUAUUACCCCGAACUCAACGGCGACAAUCGAGCCGACCAGCAUAAUGUCCUUGGUACCUUCACCAACGAGGCUAGGACCUGGUUCAAUACAUGUGAUGGAGGAAAUGCAAUGGGGGAUGGCCCUUCCACUGGCACUGACCCACAGUUACCAGCAAUGCCAGGAUUGGACCCGGAUGGGGUCUAGAUUGAGUUGGCAAGCCUAUGAGAAGUUUGAACUUGUACAGUGUAUGGCCAGCUCGGGUGAGAAAUACGAUACAGUGGGCACCUAUCAGGGGAUAAGUAGAGUUGGUAGUGGAGC